AUGGACUCCUGGGCCGAUCAAGAACCAGCGCGGAAGAGGAUGAGGAAAGGGACCAAGAGCUGCACAGAAUGUCGGCGACGCAAGAUAAGAUGUACAGUCAAUCCUGAUCGUCCUGGAUAUUGCAAUGAAUGCCGAUCCAGAGGCACGAAAUGCGUCGACCAAGAACAUAUAGUCAUUACUCCUCCAUUAUCCGGCAACCGACAAAGCCCCCAAUUGGUGGAGCGGCCAUACAGCCUCCGCGAGCGAGUCACCCAUUUGGAGAACAUAGUGGAGGGAUUGAUGAAACGAUUAGACCGAAGUGACUCCAGCACUUCGUCUCAUGAGCGCCGUGAGACAGAUCAAUCGGACACUAUCAAAUCAUAUCCAAGGUCACUGGCUACCGAGCCAGACGAAUUAGGCCCCUCCAGUGAGCAGAUUCGAAAUGCGCCCGUCCUGCAGCUGUUCGACAACUAUCUCAUCACUCGCCAAGAGGAUCCCUCAGAUAAUGAUAAAUUCGCUGGUGUCAAGGACAUCUCGCCAAAGGCAGAAGCCGUUCGUGCAGAGCUGAUCACUCUCCUGCCUCCAAUAGAGGAUAUGAACAAGAUCAUCAACUCGUCUGUCAACUGGUUUGUGUGGCAAGACCAUUUCCCGGAGCUGUUCGAUCGGCAUAACGGUAAAAUCACUAUUGGUGAACGCAAUUGCCGAACUUUGGUGGCUCCCGCCGAAGUUGCUAAGGCGCUUUUGUGUCUGUGUAUUAGCGCGAUUCAUGCUAGGUCUGACUUCGAUUUCGGCGCUUUGUCUGUGCCCUUUGACACUCAGAAGUUCUACGAUCGAUGCGUCGAUACGGUGGAUCGUUUGAUUGUCCGUGACGAUGACCUUGCAGCUACCUUGCCUGGUAUCGAGUGUCAGAUGUUACUCCACAAAAUCCACUUAGCUGAAGGCCGGCUCCGGAAAGGCUGGCUGGUGAUUCGUCGGGCGAUCGAGUUCGCCCAUUUGGCCGGAAUGCAUCUGUCCACCAAAGUCCGCCGACCAAGUGACACGCUCUACGAGCGGCGUCUGAAGAUCUGGUGUUCCCUAGCAACAUCGGAUCGGUGUCUGAGUCUGAUUCUCGGCCUCCCUUAUGGGAUUGCCGAUUCAUUCUUCUUACCACAGAUGGAGCAGCGUUUCAACUCAGAUCUUUCGGCACCCGAUGAGUACUGGAUGCGCAUUGGUAUUAUAUCGGGGCAUAUGGUGGAUCGAAACCAGGACCCAUCCAAGACGACUCUCGCAGCAACGCUACAACUGGACCAAGAGCUGCAAAAUGCCUGGAAAUCCAUGCCAAAUCACUUCCGAGCUGCAGAGCCUCAUCAAGAUGAGAAAUGGGAACAUUAUCUAGAAAGAGUUCCUUUGCAGUUCAUGCUCAAAGUACUCCGUGCCCUUCUCCACCUCCCGUUGAUGCUGAAAUCCGCUCAUGAGCCCGAAUUGCUCCCCUGUCAUGCGAUUGCGAUUGAGUCGGCAAGAGAGGGUCUUAUGCUAUACAAGGUCCUUCGGUCCACGGCCAAGCCGUAUCUGUGCAAAAUGAUCGACUUCCUGGCCUUCACGCUGGGCCUUCUCUUGAUACUCCACCUACAGGGCUAUUCAGACGUAACACCAGAUCACAGCAAAGAGCAGGACGAGCAAGACUGGGGUCUUGUAGAGAAGAUAGUGGAGACCCUGCGCCGGGCGGCAGCAGAACCAGGAGGCUCCGUUGCCGCCGAGUCUGCAAACAUUCUCGGCGCGAUCUUCGAUUCCAAGGAUUCCCAGCGCGACUUCAAUUCUGCCGGUAGCUGCACAAUCACGAUCCCCUACUUUGGUACCAUCACGGUGGGUGCCGGCACCAAAUUUUCCAAGGUGAAGGGUGGCCCCAAAAACAAGGAAUACACAGCAGCAGCACCAGACGCGCCGGGGACGGAAGCUACUUGCUCAGGGCAAUGCUCGAGCCAACUCUAUACACCGCCCAUGUCUGAUCCCGAAAGUGCGACUACGAGCACUGCUGCUUUGGAUGGCGGUGGCUUCACACCUACCAUGGCUGGGUAUCCUGACGAAUCGUGGCUUCCGAGGAGCGAAGCAGCAACGAAUCCGCUGGCCGGGUUAGAGGUGAAUGCAUUUAGUGGGUUGUUCGAUGAUUUCGGCCAGUAUAUGUGGCCGAACGGCUCGAACCCCAUUGUCGACCUUGGCCUUGAUCAGGGCUGGAAUCUGAACUGGUCUGGUUAUGUGCCACCGUCAUGA